GGCAGACGCCCCUCAUCCGCUCGCUGCUGCUUCACCGGGUUCGAGCGCUCCCAGAAUCGCUGCUGCCGAGAUAGACUACCACCAAACUCUCUCCCCAUUUCCCAUCGAUGUAUGCGCUACCUUCUACGGCCGCUCUUAACGUCGUUCUCCCUCAGCUUCCAUUGCUAAAAUCUGAAGUUCCUCUUCUCUAUUGCUGUUCUUGUGCUUCUGCUUCUGCUUCUGUUGCAACCACGUCUUCCGCCGCGGCGAUACACUCAAUCAGCUCCGUUAUCCAUCCCGUUUUGCUCUUUAAUAGCUACGACGCGCCAUUGGACACCCAAACUUUUCUUGCUACUUUCAGCGUUUUGGUCGCCAUUUCUCUGUCCCUCUUUCUUGGUCUGAAGGGUGGUCCUGUGCCUUGUGAGCGAUGUGCUGGAAAUGGUGGCACGAAAUGCAUCUUCUGUGACAACGGUAAGAUGCAGCAACAGUCAGGAUUAAUUGACUGCAAAGUUUGCAAGGGUGCAGGGUUGAUAUUCUGCAAAAAGUGUGGCGGUUCUGGAUAUUCCAGACGGCUAUGAACCAUUGAGUGAUAAGUUUUCUCCACUUGCAAUGUAACUUAGGACAUUGUGUCUCAACUCACUUAGUAAGUCCUUUUUUCCCA